GGUGUGGAGAUAGAUACAUAUAUACAUACACGCGUAAAAUCUGUAUGUAUAUGUGAGAGAUGGGUGUCGAGGAUGGAGACACGCUCCCAGGGUUCAGGUUUCACCCGACGGACGAGGAACUCGUAGGGUUUUAUCUCCGCAGGAAGAUUGAGAACAAACCCAUCAGAUUCGAACUUAUCAAACACAUCGAUAUCUACAAGUUCGACCCUUGGGAUCUCCCCAAAGUGAACAGCGUUGGGGAAAAGGAAUGGUACUUCUACUGCAUGAGAGGAAGGAAGUACAGAAACAGCAUAAGACCGAACCGUGUAACCGGUUCCGGUUUUUGGAAAGCCACCGGUAUUGACAAACCAGUCUACUCCGAUAACCACGAUUGCAUCGGUCUCAAGAAAUCUCUGGUUUACUACCUUGGUUCGGCCGGUAAGGGCUCCAAAACCGAUUGGAUGAUGCACGAAUUUCGUCUCCCUACCAAUGCCAAAUCCGGUUCAACCGAUGAUAACUCACCCCAACAAGCUGAGGUAUGGACACUGUGCAGAAUCUUCAAAAGAACCACACGACAGAGACAACCAAUCUUCAUACCGAACCAAAAACCGGUUAUCAGCUUAACCGAUUCUUGUUCCAACACCAGCAGCUUAGAUUCCGACCACAGCAGCCGCCGCCGCCAUGCCGCCGGAGAUCACUUGCCAUACGAGUUACAUGAACCACAACAAAACCGUUGCCACGUGGAUCUUCAACAUCCCCCCGUUCCAGCGCCGCCGUUUUCUUGUAACGACAACAACUUCCCACAUGUUUGGAACAUGAACGGCGGAGAUUAUUUCAUCGCAGAUGAAGGAAGUUGGGAUGAACUUAGAUCGGUCGUCCAGGGAUACAGCGAACGCUAAUAAUACAGUCAAGUAUUAUGAAAAAAAAAAACAUGUUAAUUAAAAAAAUAUAUAUAUACAAUUUUGCUUCUAAUAACGGCAUAUAUGUAUAUAUGUAUGUCGAUUUUGUAAAUUUGGACUUUGUUUAAUAUAAGAUAAUGUUGUGCGCA